AUGGCGUCGCUGAAGGUCGACAACUUCGUUCGUGCGUAUCGUGGCAAAGGGGACGACUGGGAACACUUCUGGGGGAAGUUCAGCGUCCUAGCCAAGAUCCAAGGAUGGGAUUCUGCGGAGAAACGAAUGAAGAACUUUCCACUGUUCUUGGAUGGAGACGCGUUCCUGGUAUUCACGCGGAUGCCGGCCGACGACCAGAAGGACGAGGAGAAGGUGAAGGAGAAGAUGAAAGUGUCCUUCAGCCUGACGAAGGCACAGGCGUACCGUGCAUUCACGACUCGGACUCUACGAGAAGACGAGUCGACCGAUGCGUACGUGGCCGAUCUACAGAGGCUCGCGAGCCUGGCGGGGCACGCCGCCGACGAUGAUAAGGACCCAUUGUUGAUCGAACAGAUGGUGUCCGGAUUGCCAAGCGCCUUCGCGAAGGAAUUACGCUUGUCCAUGGCCUCGAAGGAACAUUCCGUGAGCGGGUGUUUGGCAGCGAUCCGAGCUCUGAGGUCAGCGCAGAGCGACUCGCGAUUGCUAGCUAGAGCCUCGGAGGAAGUGGCAGCGGCGGCGAGCAGUAGCAGUAGUGGAAAGAGCCAGCCAGUUGCCAGCUCGGCUUGUUUCGAGUGCGGAAAAGUUGGGCACCUCCGCCGAAACUGCCCUUCAAGGAGCCGCGAUCGGCGUGGUCGUUCUCAGCCUCGCGGGCUCACGUGCUUCUUUUGCGAUAAGCCUGGCCACGUCAAGCGAAACUGCCCUGCACGUGAGCGAUGGGAAGCGGCUUCGAAGGGCGGCACUGCUGCUGCAGCUGCUGGUGAGCGCGGAGCUAGCACUGACAAGUGCCUCUGCACAGUGACGAAGGCAGGACAGGGGACUCUGCCCAGGGUGUACGUCGAUGUCAAGCCGCGGGACCAAAGCACGAGUGCAUGGAAGAGAGCAAGGGCAGCAGUAGACACGUGCGCCACACGCUCUCUGGUGGCUGAGGCUUUCCUUACUGACCAUGGCAUCGAGUAUGAACCCGACACUGAAGUCCAGAUGAACGCCCUGAACGGCAGCGCAGUCGAGCUGCUUGGAGCCGUAGAGCUGCUGGUAGAGCGAGUAGAGGCGGGCUGCCCGGUUCAUCUUCCGCGGACGCAAGUGAAAGCCUUCGUUGUCCGGAAGUUGGACGCUGUGAAUGCAGACGUCCUCGUUGGCGCUGACGUGAUUGCGGCUGUCGGAGGAGUUCACCUCGGGUAUGGUGACGAUGGUUCCCUGUCGAGUGUCCAGUUCGGCGCCCCAGAAACUGACCGUCCUGCCAUCGUGGCGGCGACAGUGCCGGCUGCUCACCCUUCUCGGCACGUGACUGUGAGCAAGGACGGAGAGGAUGUGGUGCUGAGAACGGACGACAGCGAGGUCCGGUGGGACAGCGCAAGCCAGCGCUGGAUCGUGCGAUGGAUGUGGGCUGAUGAUGAACCGCCAACCAAACAGAUCGGUUCCGGCAUCGGACAGUAUUCUCGGAAGCGGCUGUCGCCGGAGCAGGAAGCCAGCUUCUGUACCGAAGUCGAUGCUUGGGUGGAGAACGGCUGGCUGGUAGAGCACGACCCAUCCGUACACGGGGAGCCGGCAGCUAUCCUGCCUCUGCUAGCCAAGGUCCAAGAACACAAAGCCUCUACCCCAGUCCGGCCGUGUCUAGAUUACCGAGCACUGAACGGUGUCAUCAAAUCCAAUCCGGGGACCGAGGCGCCCGUUUGCGCCGAUAAACUGCGGAAGUGGCGCAUGGCUGGCGAUCAAGAGUGCAAGCUAAUCGACAUCAGGAAGGCCUAUCUCCAGGUUCAUGUAGACCCGUCGCUCGCCCGCUACCAGGUUGUCGUUUGGCGAGAAAAGCUGUACGUGAUGACGAGGAUGGGCUUCGGCCUGUCCGUCGCGCCCAAGGUGAUGGACAUCAUCGUCCGCUGGGUGACCCGAGAGUGGCAGGAUGUUGAUAGCUACGUCGACGAUGUGCUCGUUCCGGGAGCGAAAGAGCAAGCUGUGACGUCCGCUCUUCACCGCUACGGUCUGCCGACCAAGCCCGCAGAACCGCUCACCGCGGCCAGAGUUCUCGGUCUCCAACUGUCAAAGGAAAGUGACGGCACGGUCAACUGGGCUCGUAGAGGAGGUGUCAACCUUGGCUUCGAACAGCCGCUGACAAAGCGUGAGGUCUUCAAGUGGACGGGACGCCUGACUAGCCACUACCCAGUGUGCUCGUGGCUCCGCCCGGCAUGUGCGUGGUUGAAGCGACAGGCCUGCUCAGCUGAUGGCUGGGAUGACGCCGUGCCAGAAGCGGUCGCCAGGUGCUGCGCAGAGCUGGCCGACAUGGUCCGGGAAUCAGACCCUGCAAGAGGUGCGUGGCGUGUUCCAUCGCUGGAUAGCGACGGCUGGACCGUGUUCUGCGACGCGUCGGACGUCGCCAUUGGAGCUUCCCUGCAUCACGAUGGUACUACGAUCGAAGACUGCUCGUGGCUGCGCGAGCCACGUGACCACAAACACAUUAACAUUGCCGAGCUGGACGCCGUCUUAAGGGCGCUAACACUCGCCGCGGAGUACAAGGUGGAGAAGGUGACGUUAGUGACUGACUCGAAGGCGGUUGCAGGCUGGGUGUCGCAGGUCCUCGGGAACGUCAGACGAGUCAGGGUCACUGGCCUCCACAAGCUUCUCGUUGUGCGCCGUCUGGACAUCAUUGAAGACCUAGUCGCAACGGCUGGCCUGAAGGUAACAGUUGGCUGGGUACCGACGAACGAGAAUGUCGCUGACAGACUGACCCGUGUCCCAAAGAAGUGGCUGCAAAUAGCUCGCGUUCCCGAGAGCGACGAAUCUCCGGAAGUUGCCGCGUCCAUGGCAAUGAAGCAGCCGGCGACCGUCAUUGGCUGUGACGACGUCUGUGAUGCCCAGCGGAAGUGCCCGUUGAUUCAGACGCUGGUCAGUGCUAUCGAGAGCGACAGCGAGAUUCAGCACGCCACCUACCGGAAGAUUCGUGAACAGCUCGUCAUCAAGGACGGCCAGCUGAGCCGCACGCUCAAGCUGCCUGCACUCGGCGUUGUCACUGUGCCGAUCGUUCCGGAGUGCCUUGAGCACAGCGUUCUCGAGUCGGCCCACGUGAUGUCCGGGCAUGCCAGCUGGAGUGUGAUGUACGACAUGCUCCGCGCACGUUGCUUCUUCCCCAGCAUGGCGGCUAGGUGCCGGAAGUAUUGUGACCAGUGCCGACAGUGUGCAGCCGCUAGCAGCCACGCAGGACCCGCAGCGCCGCCGACGCAGCCAGACCUGCCUGGGCGGCCGUGGAGUGUCGUUCAGAUCGACACACUUCACCUGGGAGAGGAGAAAUCCGGUCAGUACCACUGCGUGUUGGUGUGCGUGGAUGUGUUUACGAAGUGGGUCGAGGCAAUCCCUCUCAGGCGGCACGAUGCGACCAGUGUUGCAGAAGCGCUGACCAGCCUCUGCUGCCGUUGGGGCCCGCCAGACGAAGUCCGUAUGGACAAUGGCUCCGAGUUCAAGAACGCCGUUGUCCGAGCUCUCUUCGCACGGUUCGGCGUGCGUGUGAAGACAGGGGCCGUACGUCACCCGCAGUCGCAGGGAGGUGUCGAGAGGGCAAACAGGACCAUCAUCACGCUGAUGCGGAAGGUCCUCACAGAAGCAGCAGAUUGGAAAACUGAGCUGGAUCUGCUGCUCUACUACUACCGCACGAGGCCACACACCACGACAGCCAUACCGCCUAUGCUGGCCAUGUGUUCAUGGCAGCCGCGCCAGCUGAUCAUCGAGGCUGAGGCACCAGAAGCCCUACUGAGCGAGUGGGUUGACCGAGUUGGCGAGACAGCAGCAAGGGUCCGCGACCACGUGGAGGUGGAGCUUGCUGCUACGACUCCGGAGAAGCCAAUCACCAAGUUCGAGGCACCCUACACAGAGGGGCAACGUGUGAUGCUGAAACAGCCUGGCCGGCGACGCAAGUUGACUCCGCCAUACCAGUGCGGCUGGAAAGUGAAGAAGAUCAUUGCGCCGUCGACAGUAGUCAUCACCAGAGAUGAUGGCGGGGAGAAAGUCGUGAACAUCAACCUUCUCAAGCCUGACGUACGACACCCACAGAGUGCCAAGCAGGAUGGUGCUCCGCGUCCAGGAGCGACGGAGCAGGCGCACACGAGCGCCGACGAUGGGCGUGACGACGGUGAUGGUGAGAUGUGGCUUGACCAGCCGGAGCCAGCGGACGACGACGACGACGAUCGCCCUGCACCGGCUUAUGACCUACGUGACCGUGGAACCUUGGCGCGUCCAGCUAGAUACAAUGGCUAG